GAAACACCUUAUCAGCAGGUGAGUGGCCCUUGUCAUAGAGAUCAUUAUAAAUGAUUAGAUAUUGUUGGAUCAUAAGUGUUUUCUGUUGUUUUUUAGUAAAAGUGCUGUUAUAGACCUAGAACAUUGUCGUGAUGAUGGAGAAUUCAUUAGAAACAUGGGGACCUGUUUGUGCCUCAGUAGGAGUGGCAGUGACGGGGUUAGCAGCCACAUACUACCUAACUAAGAUGCCGGAACCUACAUGUAUACCUCCAGUUGACCUGGACAACCAGUCACACAUUUUACAGGAUGGUUCCCGAACCAGCAAGCUGGUUCCCAAAGAUGCCAAGUAUAAGCCGCUAUAUGAGGACGUAGAAACAUUUUAUGAUAUUUUUCAAAGAGGCAUCAAGACAUCUGGAAAUGGUCCGUUUCUUGGAACACGUUCAGGUCCCAAUCAGGAGUAUGUUUGGCUCUCGUACCAGGAAGUAUAUGACCAGUCUGUAGCAUUUGGUUCCUGGAUGUUAGAGCAGGGAAUACAGAGCAGAUCUGAGACAGUCAUUGGAAUCUUCAGUCAGAAUAGAGCUGAGUGGGUAAUCACAGAGAAGGCAUGUGUGGCAUACAGCCUAGUACCAGUGGCCUUAUAUGACACGCUUGGUGACGAUGCUGUUACUUUCAUCAUUAAUCAAACCAAUAUGUCUCUGAUUGUGUGUGAUGUGUCGGAAAAAGUUAAUAAAAUACUAAAAAUGGUCUCCGAAGGAGAGAACAGGUGUGUAAAAACAAUCGUUGUAAUGAAUGGGAUAGAUGGGGUUGAUGCGGAGCUUGCGUGGAAAGUUGAUGUCAUGAUUGUGCCAUUCCAGGACGCGCUGAAGACUGGAUGCUCAAACCUAAAACCAGUGGCUCCACCGACACCCGAGGAUUUGGCUUUGAUAUGUUAUACCAGUGGAACUACAGGCAACCCGAAAGGUGUAAUGAUUACAUACAAACAAGCAAUGGCUCAGAUUACAGGACUCAGUAUCGCUGUAUUUAAUUAUAGACUGUUUAAUAAAAAUGAUGUACACUUGUCGUACCUUCCGCUGGCACACAUGUAUGAGCGUAUAGGACAACAAUGUCUAACAUUGGAAGGGGCGAGAAUUGGGUUUUUCCGAGGUGAUGUGAAACUUCUGCUGGAUGAUCUGCAGACUUUGAAGCCAACAGUAUUUUUCUCUGUGCCGAGACUUCUCAACAGAAUCUAUGAUAAGGUCAUGGCUGGUGUUAAAGGCAGCAAGUUAAAAGUUAUGUUGUUUAACUGGGCCAUAGCUUCCAAGGAAAAUGAACUGAAACAAUAUGUAAUAAGACGGAACAGUAUUUGGGACAAGAUUGUGUUCCAGAAGAUCCAGGCGUUGUUUGGUGGUCGAGUGGAGUAUAUUUCAACGGGGUCAGCACCACUUGAAGCUAAAGUUCUCACCUUCUUUAGAUGUGCUCUUGGAUGCAUGAUCUUAGAAGCGUACGGUCAGACGGAGUCGGUUGCAGGUCUCACAAUGGGAGUACCAGGGGAUUAUCAUGCAGGUGCUGUUGGACCUCCUAUACCAUACAAUUACAUCAAAUUGUUAGAUGCUCCGGAAUACGGCUAUUUUGCCAAAGACAACCAAGGAGAGGUCUGUGCCAAAGGAGUAACAAUUUCCAGCGGGUACUACAAAGAUCCUGUGAAAACUUCAGAAACAUUUGACAAAGAUGGCUGGUUGCACACAGGCGACAUUGGGCAAUGGUUACCUAAUGGAACUCUUAUCAUCAUUGACAGAAAGAAAAAUCUUUUCAAGCUGUCGCAGGGAGAGUAUGUUGCCCCAGAGAAAGUGGAACUUGUGUACAUAAGAAGUUCGUUUGUAGCACAGGCGUUUGUUGAGGGAGACAGUCUUCAGCCUUAUGUGAUGUCAGUUAUUGUACCAGAUGAGGAGGUGUUGAUGGCCUGGGCGAAAUCACAGAAGAUCACAGGCAGUUUCCAGGACCUCUGCAAAAGUGAAAGUGUGAAGACGAUGAUAUUACUUGACAUACAAAAGAUUGGACGAGAAGCCGGGCUCAAGGGAUUUGAAUUAACCAAAGACAUUGUUGUGCGAUCAGAAUUAUUUUCUGUUGAGAAUGGACUGCUAACACCGACUUUCAAAAACAAGCGACCACAACUGCGAAGUUUCUUCAAGAACGACAUUGCUGCUUUAUACAAGAAACAUCAAGGAAGUUCCAGUUAGAUCACACAAGAAAGGAUCAACAGGUCAUAUGGCUGCCUUUUGGGGAGAAACAUUUAGCAAACAAAUAUCAGUCUUGUAUAUCACUGUUGCAAAAAAUGUCAGUAUUGCAUAAAUUAUCACUCUUGCAUGAAUUGUCACCCUUAGUUGUUAUUGCAGAAACUAUCAUUUUUGCAUAAAUUACCAUCCACGGCUGCCAUUUUGAAUACAACCUAGCAGAACUUAUUUCCCAUUGGUUACAUUUUGAUUACCUACCAUUUAUCAUUCUUGCAUGAAUUAUGAAUUGUGGUUUCCUGUUUAGGAGAAAAUCUAGAAAAUGCCCCUUUUCCAAGAAAAUUGGAGAGACAUCAUCUCCCAAUGAAGUGUAUAUUAGUGUUUCUUUCAAGAACAUUAACAGGCACCAUGUCCUUAAACACAAACACUCUUUUUUCAUGAAUUCUUAACACUGCAAGCAUGCUACUUAUAAUGAAAUCACUAAAUAUUUACACUGUUUGCAGGAAGAUAUAGAUUCCAGUAAAUUGACCACCAUAUAAUGCAAAUACAGCAGUUUUAUACAAUACAGUUACAUUUUGUUUGUAAAGAUGUACUAGUACUAAGAUUGCACCUACCUGUAUCAGUACAGCAUGUCUUAGAUAUACUGUAUUUAUACAGAUAUGACUUUUUAAUCAAGGAUGUUUAUUCUGUAGUGUUUCAUGUAGAGAACAUUGUUUUUAAUAACAUUUUGUAUAUUUGAAAUGAAAAAAUAUGUUUAUACUUAUAAUUCUGUGAGUGAUAUAUAUUGCAAUGAUAAUUAUUUACGUAUAAAAAAGUAGGUGUGUCUUCUAUAUAUUAACUGGAUCCAAUGUUUGUCCGAGUUUUGAAGCUAUUCUCAAAACGUUAGCGUUUAAUUUGUUGAUUUAGAACUCUCUUUUCAAAUUUACCAAUUCAGUUAGCUAACAUGUUAUUAAGCUAACAUGUGAUAGAAAUAGUUUACAUUUGUGUCUUUUGCAGUAAUGUUUUAGUAUUUUAUUCAACUGUUUCAGUAAAUUCAGUGUAAAACGACAUUCAUGCAAUAGCCUCUAUUUUUUUUCUUAAAAUUUUGCUUGAAGACCGUUUUUAAUGGAUACUUGAACAUCUCCUGAAAAUGUUUGUGUGAAGGUUGUUGCAGACAUUGCAUGUGACAUUUAGAUCCUGCAGAUGAUCUGAAGUAAAGCACCUCAAGGUUGCUAACCUCUCAUCAGUAGUGCCUGUGGUUAUUACCAAGGUGCCAGCCAUCAUGGGAUUCCUCUGUUAACAAAAUACAGAGAGUGAAAUUCAGUUUAUUUGCACUUAAAUAUUGCGUAACAACCUUCAGGUGAAAAUAAUUGUGAAAUAAAAUGUACUAUUUUUUCCUUAUACAACUGUACACAUUAAAUUAAUGAGGUUUAAUAUUCAUUUUGCUGUUUUUCAAAAAAGCGUUUAAAUGAGGUUUAUCAACAUUAUAAACGAAUUAUGUGCAUUAUAUAACAGUUAUUAUAGUUUUAUGUAGAUACUAAAUUAGACUUCUUUUGAAAAUAUGCUAGAUAUGUGAAACAAUAUUUCUUGACAUCAGUGCAAGUUGUAACAAUAUUUUAUGUUUAACAAAUUAUUAACAUCUGCACCCAUAUGUUAUUGUUUUAACCUAGUUUCUGAAAUCUCAAAUUUUUUAUUGUUCGAGAUAAAACACAAAUGAUGGUCUUUGCCCAGAUAAUAGGUGUUUAUUGACCUCAAGUAGGGAAAUGUAGGGAAAGUAUGAGAGUUCAAACGCUGAGCAAGUUUGCACUAUUUUAUGUUGGGUGUAACGUCGCACCAACACAAUUACAGGUAAUAUGACGACUUCCAAGCUUUGAUGGUGGAGGAAGACCCAAGAUGCCCCUCUGUACAUUAUUUCAUCAGGAGCGGGCACCUGGGCAGAGCCAACGACCUUGCGUAGGCAACUUAGAUGGCUUCCGCACAUGACGAAUUCAACGCCCCGUGUGAGAUCAUACCUACAUUUAUGAGGGUUAAGAAAUUCAAAGACCUAGGUCACGGACGCUACCAAGUUGACAUUAUAAAUUUUAUUGAAGGUCAUUAAUAAUACUUUGGCACAGCCUCUCAGAGUUUGGAGAACAAAUGGAAACUUGGAGAAAAUUGGCUGAAAAAUCUUUCCUUAGGGAAAUCUGGAAAGUGUUUUCAAACUGAAUACAUAUUAAUUGAUUAUCACAUUACAUUUGUAACAAAAAUGUGUUCCAUCCUUAACAAUAGACAUAAUAUUAAACACAAUAAAGAUACAAGUGAAUACGAACUACAAGUUCUUAGGUUGGCAGAAGAAAAUUAGCAUACUGUUGUGUAAAGUGCAUUAAUUAAAGUCAUACUACGACAUGACGUGAAGAUGUGUUCGGCAUAUAGAAGAUGUGUUCGGUAUAUAGUACGAUUUAAAACAAGGUCUAAAGACCCUAUUACAAAGGACUCAAUCUUGCAAUAUCAGAGCAAUACGUUUUUAUCGUCUCGUGAAAAGUUGCCUGACAUGAAAAUAUUAUUUGAUAAAUGUGAUUAUUUUCCAAAAACUUGUCUCUAUAUAAUAAUAAAUAAUAAUAAUAAUAAUAAUUUAAACAUGCAUCUAUCAGAGACCAUGUUAUUUAUUGACACUGUUGCUGGACAAAUUUCAGUUUGGUAAUUAAAAUAAUAAAUUUGAUAUUUAAAUAAGAUUUAUAUAUACUUCGCUUUUCCUAUUUUGUAUAUCGGCAUACGUAGUUUGGUAAAGGCUUUCAAUUUACAAAUAAAGUAUACAUUGUACUUACUUACUUCGUUUUCUAUAUUUUGGUGUGCUAUUGAUAUGUUAAAAGUUAGAAUUACCGGACAUACGUUUUACAAGUUCAUUUCUUAGCGGGGUUAGGAAUUGUUGUUUGAGUUGUCAUUUAUCAGAACUGAGGUAGUUGUCACUGGUUAGAGUUAUAUGGUUAUUGUUAUUUCAGGGAGUUAGUAGUAAUCUUUAUUUUAGUCUCAUUGUGUAGAAAUUUAUUAUUCUAUUAACAUGCAUAUGGAAAAAUAGAUAAAUACAUUAUCAUAUUACAAGGGAUUUAUGUGGCAGUUAUGUGAUAAUUGUCAUUUAUGAGAGAUAUGGGGGAGUUAAUCAAUGCCUAAAACAUUUAAGCCAAUUAAAACCAAAAGCUCCGUACAAGGUAUUGACAGCACUAACACGAUCAUACAUGAACUUUGACUCAUUAGUGUAACAUUGACCUUUAACAUAAAGACCUAUGUCCAGUCAGUGUUGUAUUUAUUUCUUCCAAAUAAAACAAUAUUGCUUAAUGCAUGUCAAAGGUUUGGCCUAGAUAAGAUCUCUUAGGAUAUUUGACCUCGACUGUGGCCUUGACCUUGAAUACUGGGCCCUAUCUUUUGCCUACGAUACCUCGUCUCAUUGAGACAAACGUUUAUGAUAAUUAAAAGUAGGAUUGCCCAGGGCUUGACAAAGGUAUGGCUUUGACACGCUCUAAAAUGACAGGUGUGACCUUGACCUUGAGUUUUCGCGCAACACACUGUCUUACUGAGGCAUUAAAAUAAAUUGCUCAAUGCACGUCGCUGUCAUUGUCUGGAAAAACUAAAAAAAAACAUCUGACUCAUAAAUGUGACAUUGUCCUUUGUGAUACGGACCUGUGUUUGUUUGCGACAAUCUGUCUUACUGAGGCAGCGAUAUAUAAAUGUGCAAAAUAAAAAUUAGACUGUUCAAUUUGGCACUAACAAGAUCUGACAGUGUAUUUCACCCUCAAGAACAUGUCGUUUGCACACGACAUGUUGCCUUAUUUAGGGCACCAUUCAUGCCAAAUAUAAACUUGAUUGCUUUGAGCUUGUCAAAGAAAUUGUCCAGACAGAAUCGAACUCAUGAGCUAACGCACGUACAGAUACACAUAGUUCACGUCCAUAUCCUUUUUCACGUUCAAACCAAAUUCCUGGAUCCACCCAUGAGAUCUACAAAAUAACAGAAUACAAAAUCAUAGAGUAAAUUAGUUUAGCAAUUUUAUAAAUGUGUACUUCUUACGUAUUUUAGACGAAAAUAUCUUUAAGCCUAAUUGUGGUCGCUGUCAAAUUUACUAUAAUCUUUUGGAUCCUGACCGUAUUCCAGUACUAUGCUUAUCGUGAUUUUGUUUUGUUUCUGUUUUUGUAGGGUUUAACGUCGCACCGAUACAGGCGACAUUCCAGCUUCGAAGGUGGAGGAAGACCCCAGGUGCCCCUCCAUGCAUUUCUUCAUCAUUAAUGCGAUUUAUAUCACCACUAAAAGCCUUGCUUGAAAAUGUUAUAAUGGUAAUAAAUAAUACACAUUGUACUUUUAAUAUAGUUCAUGGUACCUAUUGUGUUCAAUUCGGGAGAUACUUCUAUAUUUAUUUAAAAAAUGUUAUGGUUUGUGCUUUUCAGUUUAUGACAUGUAUUAUCUGACAUUGUGUUAUGUUACAUAAAUUUCUCUUCAUUUGGCCAUAAUGUUAUUACCUUAAAUCAUAAAAUGUGAAAAAAGUAAGUACAAAAAAUGUUUCCAUUACAAAAACAACAAUAACAGCACUAAUGUAAUAAAUAUUUAUGAUAGA